UCCUCUCCGCCGCUCACAUCUGCUGCGGCUCCGUCUGCAGACGCUUCCUGCAGCCACGCACUUUCCUCAGCCCGCACCGACACCGUCCUAAAGGGGAGUCAAGAUGAGGAACAGAGAUCUUUGGGCGGGAACGUGAGGCUUAACUCAAGGACAUUAAGAUGACAUAAACUGAGAACCCGCAUGAACUGUAUCUUUGUUUGUCUUUUGUUUUGUUCAUUGUUAUAAUUUUGUUACUCCUCUUGUGGAGGAGUAUUUUCUUGUAUGGAAGUUUAGUUUCUCACACUACUGUCGAGGAGAUGGACCUUGUCACUCCUCUUGUCUGCCUCCUAUAUAAUUGAGAUCUAAAAAAGCUUGGGGAAAGAAACUACACUUGUAUCUUUGUGGCAUUAAUUACACUUCAGGCUGAACUCACCAUGCAAUAUACUUUACAAAAAUCUUCAUUCAAUUGUUUUAGCCUACUUGAGCAAACAAAACGUGUCUGUCUAUGUCUUAUUCACACUUAAUCGAUCCUCAUUUAAAUGCAGGCGAGAAGUUCAGUUUCGUCCAUCUGUGUCAUUAUUUAAAAUUUAAUUGUUGACAUUAAGUAGCUGCUCUACUGCCUUGCAUUGCUAUCACAUAAGGCAGCUUUAAUUUGUAAUGUAAACUUAUUUUUAUACUUAUGCAAUUUUUGUUAAAUUGCUCUUUUUUUUUUUAAAUGACUGAUUUAAAUUUUUGAAGUUGUGUUGAACAGUUGCCUGUACACUUUUCAACUGGCUGAAAACUGUAUAAGCUGACAGCUCAUAGGAUCCGUCUGAAGGGAUAUUAAUUGUUUUAGCAUUUCCCAUUUUCACUGGAUUAUUCUGAGCAAAUAACUAUUUGAACUGGAAUAAGUUAUCAUUAUUAUUAUUUUUUUUACUUUUUGAAUGAAGAUCUAAUCAGAAAUGGAUGCAGAUGAAGAUACUUUUUUGUGGCAAUUUCUUUAAGAAGAAUUUUGAGUUGAUUUCAGGGAUAAAGUUCUCAGACUCUUGUAAAUCUUAAAGAUUGAUACCAGAAUCCACUCAUCAAUCUUAUAUCUGCAUAAAAUUCUACUGUUCAGCUUUUUUUUUCUCCACUUAAGACUUUUGUCCACUUAAACAUUGAGGAUGCGAUCCCCAGAACCGUGUUCACCUUCUCCAGCAGAAGCCCUACUUCAUGGCCAGUUUGCCAGCUGGGGAUCAGGCACCAACAGCAAUAAUAACAGCUGCCCCAACAGCCCUAGUCCAGGAGGGCGCACCCCUACUACAUCCCCAACUUCAUCUCCAGCAUCGAACUAUGCCUUGACCCUCACCCACACCCACAUACAUAUUCAGCGGCUGUCACAGCGGUCAGGAAAGGAGGCGCGUUUACUACUGCCCUUAUCGGAAUUGGUGGGGUGCAGCUGCCCUCGUUCUCCUGCACCUCCUCUGCUCGUGCUGUACUGGUACCCGCCAGGAAAACGACGGAAGGGGGUAUCAAGACGCCGGCAGGUGAGAGCCUAUCUGGCAGAAAGCAGGCCUGAAGCUGAAAGAUGGUCAGCCGCUAUCCAGUGUCUGCUCAGAGAUGUCAACGUCACUGCUUACACAGAAUUUUCAAGAAGUUUACUACCUCGUCCCCGGCGACUACUGUUAUUGGUUAAUCCGUUCAGUGGAAGGGGGCAAGCAAUGCAGUGGUGUCAGACCCACAUCCUGCCAAUGAUUAGAGAGGCCAACAUCAGCUACAACCUCAUACAGACAGAACGUCAGAACCAUGCAAGGGAGCUCAUCAGAGAGAUAUCGCUCCCAGAGUGGGAUGGUAUCAUCAUUGUUUCAGGAGAUGGCCUGUUGCAUGAGGUAAUUAAUGGGCUUAUGGAACGCCCAGACUGGGAACAAGCAAUAAAAACACCUGUUGGGAUUCUGCCCUGUGGCUCUGGAAAUGCACUGGCUGGCUCCAUCAACCACAAUGCAGGGUAUGACAUGUGCCUUCGAGAGCCCCUCCUAUUGAACUGCUGCUUUUUGCUCUGUAGAGGUGGUGUUCAACCCAUGGACCUGGUCUCUGUGACAACAAGCCCUGCUCCUUCCAAAAACAACCAUGCUGCAGGACCCAGAAGACUGUUUUCCUUCCUUUCUGUUGCCUGGGGCUUUGUGUCCGAUGUGGACAUUGAGAGUGAGAGAUAUCGUGGCCUAGGCUCCGCUCGCUUCACCCUGGGCACCUUGGUGCGCAUAGCUUCACUUCGAUCCUACAAGGGUCGUCUGUCGUUCCUACCCCCCCAUGCUGUCACUUCAGAUGGCGUACAACCUCCGCCACGGAGAGCUCUAUCCCGCAGUAUCACAGAAGGACUGGAAGGAUUCUGCCGAAUGCCUAUCCAUCGCACCGGUUCUGACAUGGGUAUCAGUGAGCAAAGGAGCCUGCGUAAGGGUGAAGGAGAGAGGGAACGGGAUGAGAGACAAAGAGAGCGGGAGAGGAGAAGGGAGAGAGCCAGGGGAGGAGGAUCCGGUGUGGUCAGGGCAAGCAGCCUGGCAGAAGACAGAGAGAGAGAGGGGCAGUUGGAGAUGGAAGCAGAAGAGGAGAAGUUAGCCACAUGUUCUGAGAGAUCUGGGACGAGUUCUGAAUCAAAUGAAAGGGAUGAAUGCAAUAUGGAAGGGGAAGAAAGGUUGGCAAGGAUCACAGAUGAAGGGAACGAGGAAGGCACAAUAGAGGAAGACUCUUGUGGCAUGGAAGAAAAGGAUGGGGAACGCCGGGGUGGUUCAAUAGAGGGGGAGGGAGUCUUGCAAGCUAGAGAGCUGGGAGAGAAUUAUGGAGUAGAUAUGGGCCGAGAGGCACACGAAGAGCCGGAGGAUUGCAACACUUACCAGGACUGUCUUCAAGAUGCCAGAAAAUUGGUGAGAAAAAAUUCAGCUCCUUCAAGUCAGAUAGCAGAUGCACUAUUCACCCAGCCCCUGAGUCAGGACGCUGACACGGAUUCUGGCACUUCAUAUGGGGUAGAGGACAUGGAUCUGAAUGGAACUUACUUCCAGAAAGAAUCUUACCCGGUGGAGGUUUCUCGUGAGCGGGCUCUCACCAUCUCCUCUCCAUUUCGUCAUUCUCCCUUCUCAUACAAGCAGAAGGCCUUGGACCAAAACCAAAAUGCCUCCCGUCCGAGGCCCCUCUCACUUCUCCAGCACUCCAACUCCAACUCUCUCCCCCCUAAACUCCCUUCCCUGUCCCUGUCUCCUACACCUCCCUCCUCCCCUUCUUGUGCCUCGCCACACUCAUCAUCCUACCUUGUCCCCCGUCCAAACACCCCUAAUUCCACUUCGCCCUCUCCUUCCUUCCGCACACCGUCCUCAUCUUUUAACUUUGACAUAAACGAACCAGCAAGACCAUUCAAGAACCGUCCAUUCAUCUCAUUGCCUUUUGAUCUACCAAGGGACGACUUGGUACCGCCUCUUGACCAACCCCUUCCCACUAGAGACUGGGUCACCAUUGAAGGGGACUUUGUGUUAGUCUUGGCCCUCUAUCAGACCCACCUUGGAGCCGACCUCCAUGCAGCUCCCCAGGCUAGAUUUGAUGAUGGCCUUAUUCACCUAACCUUUGUGCGGGCAGGGAUCUCCAGAGCCACCCUCCUCAGACUUUUCUUUGCCAUGGAAAGAGGAACCCACCACUCCGUCACCUCGCCAUAUGUGAGCCACGUUACCUGCAAGGCCUUUAGGCUACAGCCUCUGUCUACGAAAGGAACCCUCACUGUGGAUGGAGAACUUGUUCCAUAUGGGCCGCUCCAAGCACAGGUUCAUCCUUCCAUGGCUCGCCUCAUUGUUGGAGAUUCUGGAGUGAAGAUUACUAGAUUUUGAUCAGGGACUGGUUGAGUUGAUUGACAUAUCAGCAAUCUACUGAAUUCUUUUAUCUUCAUUUCCAUUUGUACUAAGGGUGUAUCUGAGACAUUUAAAUUAGCCUGGAUUGGAGGAAUUGCUUUUGUAGGGAUUAAUGAAAGGGAUAACCUACCGAGCCACGCAUCUUUGAGGAGUGACUGCAGGGAUUAACAGUGAAUUUGAAAAUGGAUGGAAAAUGCGCUUCAUUGCACAGAUGUUGGAUCACGCUGAGCGUACACUGAGAAGCAUGAAAACUGCACAGCCUUGGAUAAUAAGAGGGACGAACAUGUGAAUGUUUUAGGUGGGGGCAGUUGUGCAGAUAGUGCAUGUGAUGGAUGUAUACAUAGUAGUAUGCAUGCAGAAAAGCACUACCUGAUCUUUUUUUUUUUUGCCUUACAUUGAAACAAUGAUACGUGUAUAAGAAAGUUGUUCUUAAACAUGGGAACCUAAAAGAAGACACAGAUAAAGAGAUCCAUUUAGCACAGCUGAUAUGGAAAUUGCCCUUAUCUUAAGUUUCACCACCAAUUUACAAAUAUUUAAGAACCUUGGUCCCUCAAAAGAAUGCCUUAUCUGCUAUUACAGUACAUCUCAAUCUUUAUCUGUUCCCUCUUAUGUACGGAACAUAAACUUUAUUGAUCUCUGUCCUCCUUUGAGAUUACAUAUGCAACAUAAAAGCAAAGCUGUUCUUUGAUAUUUAGAAAUAUUCACAAACCCAACUUUCAACUGCUGUCUGAGUAUGCUACUAAACCACUGUUUAACUGGAGACAAAAUGUGGCUAUGGUGGAAAAUAAAUAGGUGUAGAGCAGCAAGAACACAUUUUUUAGGAUCAAUACACUUAUGAGAAAUAUUGAAACACUGAAGUUUAACCAUUGCUGACAUAUUUGCAUUCCACCUGUUUUGUUGAACAUGUGGAUGCACGCUGCUGCUGUCAGUGAUGUAGUGUUCGCAACAUAUCAAACAUAAAAACAUCUAAACAAAGCAAGAAUAUUUGUGCUUUUUGCCAGUUGGUGAAGAUAAAAAAAAAGAAAAAAUCAAACUCACAGCCUGAGCCCAAGUUUGGCCAAAAUAUCCCACUAUCUUUGAGCUAUGUUUGAAACUGUGAUUGGAGGAUAGGAAGUAGUGCAUUUAUUUUGCACAGAAACUUCAGUUGAAGCAGUCCGGUGAAUCAAAACACUAUAAUGCAAAGUAACAUUUAGAUACUAACUACACAGUAAUAGAGACAAAUGUUUUAGAGUGGAUUCACUACAGUAGUUGCCUAGUCCAGAAAUUAAAUGAAUUGUAUUGCUUUCUUUACCUAAAGUGAAUUGAAUAUCACAGUGUAAGGAGUGUUUACAAAAACAAUUUGAAGCAGGAAUGGAGACAACACUAAAAUAAAUAACUGCUGUACUAUCAGAUCAAAUGUUUGCUUUUUGAAAUGAACAAAUUGGAUAAAAAUAAACUCCACUUUGAGAAAUUAGUUGGCUACAAAGCCAUUCUGCUGAAUUGACAGAUUGGCUUUUAAAAUGAAAACAUUAAGAAUUAUCGUUCUUCCAAACUGUAGUUAUUGUAAGCACCAGAUUUUGGAGCAUUGUCUAUAAAAGAUUUAUUUUUAUUGUAAAACCUGCUGACAUACACCUCUGGGCGAAGAAUAAAUCAUUAGCAUGUGCAAUACAAAUUUUGUGCCAGCCACUUGGGUCGUCAUCUGCAUACUGUAUGUCUUUGUAAUGCCUAUACGAAUCAAUGCCUGUACAUUCUGGCUGAUGGUCAUGGACUGUUUAAGCAUCACUGCAAGAAAAUUGAGUAAAACCUUAUGCUUACCAAGAUGCUUCUUUUCUUGUGCUUUUGCCUUUUUCCCCUUUUGAGAAAACAAUUCAGCUAGUCCAUAAUUACACUGUGCUUGCACAACUACAGAAUGUGAGUACAACUUUGUGCAUCUAGGCUUGUUAUAUAACCAAAUAGGAUCAUUUAUAUUCACUUUGAAUGAAAAAAAAUGCCAAAAUACUUACUCUUGAUGUUGAGCCUAGUUAUGAGAGUUUAUUUUCACAGAGCAGUUGUUGUCUUUGACCAUAGCCAAGUGUAAUAGACCAAUUUGAUGCGACAGCCUCAGGGUAGGACUCCUGAGCAGAUAAUACCAUAAAGGUGUCUGUAUCGGACUGCCUGUAGUAAAAUUGUAAUUAUUACUAAAUCAGUGAAAAUAUAUACAUAUACAAUGUGCAGUUAAUAGUGGUUUCAAAUAAAUAUAACAUACGUUUGGA